AUGACAGAUCAAUCAAAACCCAAUUUGUUACCAGUAAAAACACCAAAUUUAUCUGUAAUUUCAGAUACCAGAAAAUCCAUGUUUUGUGUUUAUGUUUUUAUGUUAACAUUCAUUUUCUGCACAUUUUUCAUUCUUUUUAACAACCCAUCUUCCUCUUCUUUGAAAUACAUUGCUAAUUUCAAAGACUUCUCUCAUUUUCCUUCCUUUUUCACCCAUUUCUUCCCCAAUUCUUCUCCAAAUUCUUCUUUUGUAUUAGGAAUAAAUAAUACUAAUACUAAUAAUAGUUACAAUCAUAUUGUCAAUAAUGUGUCAUCAUCAUCAUAUAAUUAUCCUCCAAAAAUUGGGGAUGAAUUGUAUGAAUCAAUGUUACAUUGUGAUUUAUUUGAUGGGAAAUGGGUUAAAGAUGAAUCAUACCCACUUUAUUCACCUGGGUCUUGCCCACAUAUUGAUGAACCCUUCAAUUGUUAUCUCAAUGGUAGGCCUGAUAAUGCCUAUGAGAGGUAUAGAUGGCAGCCUCAUGGGUGCAACAUUCCUAGAUUAAAUGGCACCCAUAUGUUGGAAUUGUUGAGAGGGAAGCGUCUUGUUUACGUUGGUGAUUCAUUGAAUAGGAAUAUGUGGGAAUCCCUUGUAUGUAUACUCAGAAAUUCAGUGGAGAAUAAAACCAGGGUAUUUGAAGCCUCUGGUAGAGAAGAGUUUCGCACCGAGGGCUCUUAUGCCUUCAUAUUUGAUGAUUACAACUGUUCUGUGGAGUUCUUUAGGUCCCCAUUCUUGGUUCGAGAAUGGGAAAUGCCCGACAAAAAUGGAUCAAAGAAGGAUACGCUGAGGCUUGAUUUAGUUGAGAGGGAGUCUGAAAGAUAUAAGGAUGCAGAAUUUCUGAUCUUCAACACUGGACACUGGUGGAGUCAUGAGAAAACUCAAAAGGGGGAGGGUUACUAUCAAGAAGGUAGUCAUGUCUAUAGUCAAUUAGAGGUCAAUGAGGCUUUUCGACGAGCACUGACAACUUGGGGAAGAUGGCUGGAGGCUAAUGUUGAACCCAUGAAAACACAAAUUUUCUUUAGGGGAUAUUCAAAUUCUCACUUUGGAGGUGGAAGAUGGGAUUCUGGUGGGACAUGUGAUAAGGAAAUUGAGCCAAUCAAGAACGAGACAGAUCUACCAGAACAACCCCCAAUGAUCAAAGUAGUGGAGAAUGUGAUAAAGGGGAUGAAAGUACCGGUUUUCUAUCUUAACAUCACGACACUGACUGACUACCGGAAAGAUGCCCACCCUGCAGCUUAUAGAACACAGGAGGAGAGGCUUUCACAGCCAAGAUACCAGGACUGUGCUCAUUGGUGCCUUCCUGGUGUUCCUGAUACUUGGAAUGAACUAGUGUAUUCUCAAAUCUUGAUAAGAUAUUACCAAAAGCAACAUCAAGGAUAACAGCAACAAGAGCAGUGCCUUUAAAGGACAUGGGUAAAUCAUUAAUGAGGUUUCUGUUUACUGCUUCAGUCACUACUUGAUAGUGUAGCUGGUAUCAUGAAAUGUACUUUGCUCGGGAUCAAUUUAGGUUCUACUCUUAUCAUGUCUUUGAAAUUGGUUUAGUAAGCGUUUAUAUUUGAAUGUCUGCACCUCCUUGUGGUUGAUGAAUGCAUGCUGUCUCCUUUUUUAAUUUAUAUUCAUGUUUUAUUACUCUCUUCCUCUUGCACAAAACUUAAUUAAUGUGGCAUACUUUUUAGUUGUGCUUGCUUUUGUUUGAGAUCGUCUUCAUUGGCUACUUUAUUAAUUGUUAAGUUUAAGCUGAUGUU